AUGAUAGUGGGGGUGGUGGCGGUGAUCAUUGUGAUGAUGAUGAGGGCGCAGUAUCAGGACAAACUGGCGCGGCAGCGGUACGACGAGCAGCUCCGGCAGCAGCAACUCCUGAAUGAGGAGAACCUGCGCAAACAGGAAGAGUCCGUGCAGAAACAGGAAGCCAUGAGGAGAGCGACCGUUGAGCACGAGAUGGAGCUGCGGCACAAGAACGAGAUGUUGCGCGUGGAGGCGGAGUCUAAAGCUCGCGCGCGUGUGGAGCGAGAGAACGCUGACAUCAUCCGCGAACAGAUCCGACUGAAGGCGGCUGAACACAGACAGACCGUCCUCGAGUCCAUACGGACGGCGGGUGCUGUGUUCGGUGAAGGUUUCCGCGCGUUUAUAUCAGACUGGGAUAAAGUGACGGCGACGGUGGCGGGACUCACGCUGCUGGCGGUGGGCGUUUAUUCCGCACGUAACGCUACUACUGUGGCCGGACGAUACAUUGAGGCGCGGCUAGGAAAACCUUCGCUCGUGCGAGAAACGUCACGAUUCACUGUGGUGGAAGCCCUCAAACACCCCGUCAAGAUGGCGAAGCGCUUGAAGAGCAAGCCGCAGGACGCGCUGGAGGGAGUCGUGCUCAGCCCUUCGCUGGAGGAGCGCGUGCGCGACAUCGCCAUAGCAACGAGAAACACGCGACAGAACCGCGGGCUGUACCGGAACAUCCUGAUGUACGGGCCGCCGGGGACGGGGAAGACGCUCUUCGCUAAGAAGCUGGCGAUGCAUUCUGGGAUGGAUUACGCCAUCAUGACGGGAGGAGACGUGGCGCCGAUGGGCCGAGAUGGAGUGACGGCGAUGCACAAGGUGUUUGACUGGGCCGGAACCAGCGGCCGCGGUUUGCGUAUACCAGUGUGUGUGUGUGUGAGUGUGUGUGUGUGCGCGCGCGUGUGUGUGUGUGUGUGCGUGCGUGCGCGCAGGAGGCUGAAGCUGGCUCAGUUUGAUUACGGGCUGAAGUGUUCGGAGAUUGCGAAGCAUGUGGAGGGAAUGUCCGGACGAGAAAUCUCCAAACUCGCAGUCGCCUGGCAGGCUGCGGCGUACUCCUCCGAGGAUGGUGUACUGACCGAGGCCAUGAUCGACGCGCGGGUGGAUGACGCCGUGAGACAGCACCGGCAGAAGAUGGACUGGCUUCAUGGAGAAGGGGUUCUGGUUAACGAGGGCCGGCCGACGCCCACCAAAGGCUCCGCGCCGCCGCUCAAGGCACAGGAAGUGCUCCGCCCUCUACAGGAAGUGCCAUGAGACCGGAGCAAACGCGACGUUUGGAGUAACGAUUAGAGCUGCAGUAGUGUCUGUCUGUUGUGUGUUUGUGCUGCUGUUUACUGAUCACAAGUCUGUAACUUUAAUUCACUGUUAAUAAUCACUGAGAAACUGGAAACAAGUCCACAUGAAAUCAAUGGAAACUGUUUUUAUGUCUGACAGUAAAGCAAUUUUCGUUUCUUAUGAC